AUGCCAAAUACUGAGACAGCAGCACCAAAGCUUCCCAUCAUUGACCUACGAGGCUUGAUCUUUGGAACAAGCUCGUGGAUUUCAACAUGCAAAGAAAUCAGAAGUGCCCUAGAAGAACACGGUUGUUUCGUGGCGCUUUCGGACAUUGUGUCAGAUGAUCUUGAAGUUGAUGUUCUUAACUGUCUUAAGGAUCUGUUUAGCUUGCCAUCGGAGAUCAAAUCCAAGAAUAUCUCCGACAAGCCUAUACAUGGUUACUUCGGACGGAGACCUUUAUCUCCUCUAUUGGAGAGCCUGGCAAUUGAAAACCCCAAUUAUCUUCAAUCGGUUCAAGAUUUUGCUGCUCUAAUGUGGCCCCAAGGAAAUCAUCCCUUCUGUGAGACUAUUCAUAAAUAUGGAAAUGCAACCAAUGGGCUAGUACAAAUGGUGACAAGAAUGCUGUUCCAUAGUUACGGCAUAGAGAAGAAACAAUUUGAGGCACAUAUUGAAUCAAUGAACACCCUUCUUAGGGUGUUGGAAUACAUACCACCUAAGUCAUGUGAAGCCGAAGUGGGCAGUUCCGCUCAUACUGACAAGAGCUUUCUGACCGUUCUUCAUCAGUGUCAAACAAGCGGUUUAGAGGUGGAAACAAAGACGGGGGGUUUGUUAUCUGUCGAUUUUCCUCCUUCAUCUUUCUUAAUCAUAGCUGGAGAGGCUUGCCAGGGAUGGAGUAACGGUAGGGUGCACCCGGCCGUGCAUGGUGUGAAGAUGGAGCCGACUGUAGAUCAAAUGAGAUACAGUAUGGCGUUAUUUGUUUACGGUAAAGGGACAAUUGAAGUGGCUAAGGAGCUGAUUGAUGAUGAUCAUCCCAUGUUGUUUAAGCCAUUUAAUAACUAUGAAUUGCUUAGGUUCUUUACUAAAGACCCAAUAAAGCGCAAGAUCAAAAACAUUGAGGAAUUCUGUGGUGUUUAA